AUGCCGCCGCUUCUGCCACACCUGCGUCAACACCAAAGCAACCUUUCCCGCCUUUUUCGCAAGACGCUACGAAGAUGGCUGCAGCGGAACGGUCAAGAGCUCUGGGAUGCCAUCCUCAUGGAAUCCGAUGAGGGGCACCUCAAGCUGAGCGUGGAGAUAGCGAGGUGGAGCACUCAAGAGGUUCGGGCCCUUCAUGAGGCAGAUAGCAAGGUUGUGGAACCACUUGUCCAGUCCGUCGCCGCGAAGAGAGGAGCAACACAUCGACAAGAUUGCCGCGCAGCACGAACCUUUGAUGGGCUACAGAUCUGUGACGGAGACGAGAGCCAGUGUGGUCUGUGUGCCGAUCUAACGCUCGCAAGAACGAGUCUUUACAGUUGUGUCAUCUACGGUCACCUUUUCCACGCCGAUAUCGAAGAAUCGGAUGGAAAUGAUGUCACGUGGUCUGGGCUGGAUAUAAUGGGCGACACUCCUCGAAUGCUCAGAGACCAUUUUGACACACAACCUGGCCAUGAAGAUGUCGGAGAAGAGGAAACAAAGCGGCGUUGCAGCCUCUUCCUCCGCGGACAUCAUGGACCAUCAAGGCCUAGACACUUUGCGAUCCCUGUCACCUAA